GUUUCAGACGACUAUGUCGUCAAACCGGCAACAGAGCGGAGCUAUGGAGCUACCUCUUUUAAGCUCGGAGGACAUGAAGAUGAAGAGACCCCAAGCAAGUUACGUUUCGGCCCUCGUGAAAACACACUGAGAAGAUGGGAUCACGUGACUCAAGAGGCGUUUCCGUUUCAAGGACUUUUCCUUAAAUACCUCGUUCUUAUUGGAAGUUUUGGUAAUGCCUUCUCUGUUAUCUGGCAUUCAUCCGGUCUUGAGCGUUUUUACUGUCUUCUGGUGAAUGCUCUCGUGAAAACACACUGAGAAGAUGGGAUUACAUGACUCAGAGGCAUAUCCGUUUCAAGAACUUUUCCUUUAACGCCUCGUUCUUAUCGGAAGUUUAGGGUUAAAAGGACCCUCAAACAAGAAGAAAGUUGAGGGGAGAGAUUCCUGAGAGCACCAUUGAACAAGGAGAACAUCAUUCUCAAAUAUGGUAGAUAGGCACUCAGGAUGCCCAAUUCCUGAUGGCCAGGACUUGAAGAGUGAAAUCCAAAAGGACGGAUCUAAAACCUUGUAUUAUGUGAAUUUGGGAACGGGAAUACGAGUAAACUCAGUGGAAGAUAUGUUUUGUUACAAGAAUAGCAAAUCUAGGGAAAAUAAUCCCAAGCAGAAUUAUGUGAAUUUGGGAACAGGAAUACGAGUAAACUCAGUGGAAGAUAUAUUUCGUUACAAGGAUAGAGAAUCUGGGGAAAAUACUCCCAAGCAGUUUUCAGACUGGAGGCCGCACCAAAGUCGGCUAUCAAUUCUGCAGUCAGUGCAAGGAAGUUGGCCACAAUAUCUUCCGUUGCCCCUUAGCGCAACAAGCGGCAAUAGUAAAACCUACUGCUGCUGGGCAACUCGCAAUACUGCACGCAGUGUAGCACUGCCUAAUUUCUUGUUUUAGGGCAGAGGAUAGAAAGUAUAUUCGUACUAUAUGUUGGACUUAGUUAUUCCCAAGGACAGUAUCUUGAAGGUUUGAGUUGAGCCAUCAGUUAGGACACUAACAUUGAGGCAGUGAUGUGUCCAUGCCCUUCAGUAACUAUGGGCCAGAUGUGUAUGCAUUUGGUUAAAGGCAUGUCAUUUUCUCCAGCAUACUACCUCUGUAUAUUAGGACUAAAAGCUUUAAGGCUUCCUUCUCCUUUCUAGAAUGAGAACUUACCUUUAAAGUGCAAUGCAAAAGUUCUGCAUGCAUCUCA